AUGACUCCGUUGCCGGGAAACACGCACGGGGUGGGCGUUGAGGCCGACCCGGCUCUGGCGCGCGAGCUCUACCGACGGUCGGGGUCCACCCCGGCGUUGCUGGGCCUCUGGAUGAUGGGGGCGUCGGACCUGGCGUUGGAGAUCGGAGCUCCGCGAGCGGUGUCGGCAGUCCGUGUUGCGGCCACGAUGCUUGCCAUGAGGCUCCUGGGUAAGCGGCACCGGGGCGGGAGUGGCCGCCGGCACCGCCAGCCCGUCCAAGUAGGAGCGGCAGCGGCGGUAGCAGGCGGGAGGGGAAGAGGAGGACGAGGACGAGGAGGAGGAGGAGGAGGCCCGGUGGGGGGGAGCGCCCUGCUGAUCGAGAGGGAAGGGGACGAGGAGGCGGAAGAACAAGAAGAAGAGGCGGUUGUUGAUGCCGCAGGCCUCAUGGGGGAGGAACCGCGGAUAGGAUAAUGAAAGCGGUCAGCGAUGUAACCGCAAAUUGGUUCGCUCCCCCCCUCCUCCCUUUGCUGGUGGUCGAACGGCAGCCCCCGCCGUCGGUGCCGUCGUUUUUUUUUCCUUUGUCGUGGCGGCACCCUCAACACUCAUCAACACUCAUCAACACUCAUCAACACUCGUCAACACUCCGCAACACUCGUCAACACUUCUCAACACUCCUCAACACUCCUCAACACUCCUGUAUUCAGCGACAGCUCGGCGGGUGAGGUCGCUGCGCGGAGCAAACAGCUUGGCCGUGAGACACCUGCCUGUGUUUCCGAUCUGCCCGGCAUGUCGGGGGAAGCCAUGUAUCACGCCGCCUGCGUGGCGCGCUUUUUUUUUCGCCUUCUCUGGGGACGUGUAACCGGGAGGGGAAGGGGGGCUUGUGGAGGGAAGAUUAGGCGAAGGGGGUCCCACUUUCGGUGUAUUUGAUCGGGGGGGGGUUCUAUUGUCGAGAAGCGCAAUAGACGUCUGAAACAUCGGGAGUGCAUUGAACAUGUUGGUUGAUGCUUUUGAGCGUUGAAACUGGUGCUCCACGGUUGAGUUUUUGCGCACUGGUGUUGUGUACAAUUGUGUAUGGUUUCGUAUUUUCUUCUUCUGAGAGGAAACUCUAUCUCUCGCUUGUUCCGCAUUGUUGGUGAUAUAAAACCUCUCCGUCUUGUGACUAUGCUGUAUCUUUUUUAUCGGAACGUGUGGGCACGGUACUUUAU